AAGUUGAACAGCAAUGAAUCCAGUCAUACUUUACGCAUUUCUUGUGUUGCUGAUAUGCUGCCAAGCCUAUGCAGGCAAAUUUUAUACAACACAAGACAGGACCAAGUUGUAUUAUAUUGAGAGUGAUAAAAAGUUCAAUUGGUAUGAAGCUCAAAGACAGUGCUCUAUGCAAAAUAUGUCCCUUAUCACCUUGGAUUCUGCGAAGCGGUCCCAACAGUUUACCCGUUUAUGCGUUGCUGAAUUUUAUUACAACUUUCCUAACUCUUGGAUAGGAGGUCAUGGAAAACGUGAUGGCACUUACGCCUGGAUAUCCACCGGCUAUAAUUUCAACUACAAUCGCUGGCAAAAGCAUCAACCCAGUGGUGAAGGUGAAGGGAAGUGUGUGAUUAUCCUCAGCAACACCCAUGAGUGGGCUAGUGAAGACUGUUCUCAGUUGAGAGGAUUUGUGUGUGAAAGUUUGCCCAUAUUGUGGGAGACAAGCAGGGCCAUGGAUAAAUUAAAAUCGACCCUGGAAACCCAAAAAGAGGAAGUUGAAUCCAUUAGUAACAAAACAUUGCACAUAACAAAACAUUUACAGAUGAAAGACAAGGAAAUCGAGGAACUUAAUAAGACAUACGAAUCGAAUAAGAAGAAACUAAUCGAGUUUGAAUGCCAAAAAGGGUCAUACCAAUCCACCGAAGAGAAGAUAAGAAACACGGAAACGGAAAUAGACAGACUUCAAAACUCCAACAAAGAUCAAAGCAGGCUAUUGCAAGCUUUGCAGGUGGAAAUAGACAGACUUACAAAAGUACAAGAGCUUGAAAAGAAGACAGGAAAUAAGGAAUUUGAUGAGAUAAUGGCUUUUGUGAAGGAGGCAUUGGAGAAGCAGAAACAUUUGCUAUAG